GUGUAUAUUUCUUUUCAUGAUGGCAGAUGGAGUAAUGACGGUGGAAUGGUCUACUUCUAGUGAGUGGGUUUUGAUUACAGGUGGAUGUGACGGUGCAAUACGUUUUUGGGACAUUAGACGUGCUGGAUGUUUUCAUGUUUUAGAUCAGUCCCAGUCUCAGCUUGGGAGACGUCCACCCAUCUUGAAACGCUCUGCCAUGAUUAAGGGUUCAACAGCCAAGUCCUUGUCAGCAAGUCAAAGUUCAUUUGCAAAAGCACGGACACCACAAACGAAACUCAUGAAUGCAAAGCAAUCACCUGUCGGUAAAAUUCCAGUAAAGGGAUCUCUGAAGCAAAGAUUACAUCCAGGGAUGUUGUCUAGUCAGGAUCGUGCAACUGCUCAUUAUGGUGCUGUUACUGGGCUAAAAGUUACUGAAGACGGCAUGUAUCUCUUAAGUGCAG